AUGAGUGCACUCGCAGACGAACUUUUAGCUGAUCUCGAUGGCCUUUCUGAGGGCGAAGAGGGACCGGAGCAGGAACAGACAAACGAAGGCGACCAGAACGCAAUUACACCGGGCCCUUCAAAUGGCGUCAAGCGUAAGGCAUCUUCGGACGACGAAAUGUCUGACGCAGAGGGGGUGAACGAGGAUGGUGAUGAUGAAAAGGCAGUAGGUGGUCUGGUCCUCGAAGGUGGCGUGAAGCCUGCCGAAGAGUUGGAUGUCGAAGAGGUGCAGCGCAUGGAGUUGGGCGGUAUCGAAGACGUGCGGAAGGUGGCUAAGCUUGAUGGUAGCAAACGAAUGGGUGAUAUUCUUAAGGAAAUCGAAAAGUAUCAAGCCAAUCCCAGUACUCCGGAGCAAAUGUUGUUACCUGCGCAUUCCAAUCCGGAAUACAACUUGAUUGUACAAGCCAACAAUCUUUCCGUGGAUGUGGACAAUGAAAUUCUAGUUGUUCACAAGUUCAUACGAGAUCAUUAUGCGCCCAAGUUUCCUGAACUCGAGCAACUUGUCGGAGAUCCAGCUAUGUACAUCCGCUCCGUGCGUGCCCUCGGCAAUUCAGAGGAUCCGACGAAAGUCGAUUUGGCUGGCAUUUUACCUCCGGCUAUUAUCAUGAGUGUUCUUGUCACAGCAACUACAACUUCUGGGCAAACACUGUCAGACGCAGAAUGGGCAACUGUCCAGCGUGCGUGCGACCUUGCUGAUCGUCUAGAAGAGGCACGGAAAAAGAUCUUCAUGUACGUUAGCUCACGAAUGAAUAUACUCGCUCCGAAUCUAUCCGCUAUCGUCGGUACCACCACAGCUGCGAAACUGCUCGGAGUUGCUGGCGGCUUGAAUGGUCUUGCGAAAAUGCCCGCUUGUAAUGUCUACCUCCUUGGAGCGCAACGCAAGAUCGCAGCCGGCUUCUCAAGCGCCACUCAGCGUCGCCAUACUGGCUUCAUAUUCCAGUCUGAAAUCGUUCAACAGACACCCCCUGAAUAUCGUCUGAAAGUCCAGCGUACGGUUGGUGCAAAGUGCUGCCUAGCGGCAAGAAUGGAUUUAGAGAGACAUCGGCGAGACGGUUCUUACGGAGAGGAGCUUCGCGAUAAGAUUGAGAAGCAUAUCGAUCGUUUAGCCGCACCACCUCCGAGCAAGAUUGUGAAAGCGUUGCCUAUUCCGAAUGACGGCCCGAAGAAGAGGCGCGGAGGUAAACGGGCGAGGAAGGCCAAGGAAGCGUAUGCCCAAACGGAGCUCCGCAAGUUGCAAAAUCGCAUGGUGUUCGGCGAGCCAGAAGAGGAGAUCGGUGCCUUCGACCAAUCUAAAGGACUCGGUAUGAUUGGAUCUGGCAAGGUCAGGGCUGGUGUCGGUGAGGCGAAGAGUAGAGCGAAACUGUCCAAGGCGAACAAGCUCCGCACGGCUGCACUGACACGAGCCGCUCAGAGCGGAGGCACCCAAAGUUCUGGAACGUCCACUUCGUUGACUGUCACCCCCGUUCAAGGGUUUGAGUUGACAAACCGUGCUGCUGCAGCACAGCGUGUGAAGGAGGCGAAUGAGCGCUGGUUUGCCGGGGGCACUUUUUCAUUCGUUGGUCAGAAAGGAGCAUGA